UUUAAUUAUAGCUGGCAAGAGAGAUGUUUGGCUGGAAUGUCAAGACCUAGAUAAGAGCAGCUGUACUCCUGCUAUCAGGCCCUCUGAGAUACAGCACUGUAGCCCUGCGGCUGUACAGCUUCAAGCUCUUUUCCUCUCUUUUCAUUUCAGCUCAGGUGGAUUUGAUCUCUUUUUUGUGUUUUGUUGUGGUGACAGGCAGACUUGUGAACAUGCGCUUGCUGAGUCUCGCUCUUGUCACACCAACACACUGAAAACAUGGUGGCUCUGGGGGACCCCAGGGUGGUGCGCUACCCCCACUUCACCCCCUGAGACAUCACUGCUGCCGACCCAGACAUCAAGGAGCAAGGAAAGGCUGAUUCUGCGCUGUAAAGUAGAAAGAAGAAAUGCAAUGGCUCAGCUGUUCAUACCUGAAGAAGAGAUUCAUCUAAGAGGAAUUAGAAGUGGAACAUAAGAACUAGCUUUCACUUGUUCCUUUGCAGCCAGCACACACUCUCAAACGCAGAUGCAUCACUGUAUCCAAGCUCCAGUGCAGAGUCCUUCCUUCAGUAUACCCUGGACGGAUCCUUGUUCAGUGCUUUUUAUUGAACCUUAUUUGGAUGUUCUUUAUCCAGUUGAUCUGCAACCCAGAGCUUUCCCCUGCUCACCAGUUCAAGCAUGCUGUAUUCACUUUUUAUGCCUCACCCAUUCAAUCUGUAGCUCUGCUUUCCAAACGUGUCUGCUGCGCUCUGUGUCUGCCUUGUCCCGACAGAUCUGUUUUCUGUGGGCCAUUUCAGAUCCUGCCCUUGCUGGUUCUGCAUUCAUCUUCCCUGGAAGUCUAGGAACUGGUAGUUAUUGCCAGUUUGCUUUCAAGUUCCAGAGAUGGUCAAAGCUUCAAGGAUAAAACAAAAUAAUGUGAUUAAUUCAUCUCCUGCCUGAGGUCUCUUUCCUUACAAGGAAGGACCCAGUUAUGACCGUUACUUGGACAUUCGAGGUCCUGAAAGGAGCAGGAGUGUGGUUUGUGGGGUCAGUCUUUAAGCUGUGUUGACAUUCAGCCCCUUAGUGAGCCUCUAGUUGAGUCAGUCCAGUGCCCCAGAGAGCCAGCGCCCCAGCAGGCAGGAUGGAGAAGAAAAGUCCCCAGCUCCACCCAUUAUUGAGGCUGUGGAACAAAGUGUUCACAUCUCUUCCCCCCAGCACUGCCAGCAGAUCCCGUCUGCGCCAGAUGGGGUAAAGGCAAAGGCCAGCAGAGAAUCCGUGAAGCUGGCCUCCCGCUGAUGCGACCAACUCACCUUGCUGACAGAAACAGAGGGAAGACGCCAGGAAGCCCUCGAGUUCCUCUGUGGUGCUGGAAAGACAUUGGGAAUAUCCCAGCAGGAUAUAUAUGGAAGCCUUAGGGGAGAGCCAGGCUUUACCGCGUGUCCCUCUGGUGAUAACAGGCACCUCCUCUGGCCCUUGGGAAGCGCUUCUUGCAGGAACAGGGGACGGAAACUGGAGAGCCAUCCUGAGGUAGCCUCGCUAGAAAAGACCCCCAGGCUAAAGACGCAAAGGCUGCUAAACCUGACUAUGUAUUAUUGCAUGUACUGCACAAAUCUCCUAAAACUCCACCACAGGAAAUUUCUAUCCCUUUCUGUUGCUGACAGGAUCUCUGUACGUCCCAGGGGGCAGGCACAAAGGGCAGAGCGCUGUUUAGAUUGCUGACUGGUGCCUCCUCCUCAGGACACUUACUGACUUCAACUGUCAUCAAGGCUCACUGGUGUGGGUAAUGGUCUCAAAACAGGACAGUGGGAUUCUUUUCAAAACCAAAUGCCAGCACGGCUCUGUUACCUUAGGAGACACUGGGAACACUUUACUGUUGUGAAGUGGAUUAUAAACAUCUAUGAUUUCAUUGGAGUUAUUUUAAUUUUUGACUCACUGUUUACGACGAUAAGACAAUGAGCAACUCUUCGAUCAGCUGCAAUGUGGACUCGAAAAUCGACCAUCUUUUCCAGCCAACUUUGUACAUCGUGGUGAUGGUCCUUGGCUUGCCCACCAACUGCAUGGCCCUCUGGGCGGCCUACCUGCAGGUCAGACAGAAGAACGAGCUUGGAAUCUACCUGAUCAACCUCUCCAUCGCAGACCUCUUGUACAUCGCUACCCUACCACUCUGGAUCGACUACUUCCUCCACCACGACAACUGGAUCCACGGGCAGGAGUCCUGCAUGCUCUUUGGUUUCAUCUUCUACACCAACAUCUACAUCAGCAUCGCCUUCCUCUGCUGCAUCUCCGUGGACCGCUACCUGGCUGUGGCUCAUCCGCUGAAAUUUGCCAGGAUCCGCAGGGUCAAGACUGCGGUGCUGGUUAGCAUCGUCGUCUGGGCCAUCGAGAUCGGGGCCAACUCCACGCCCCUCUUCCACAACGAGCUCUUCAAGGACCGCUACAACCACACCUUCUGUUUUGAGAAGUAUCCCAUGGAGGACUGGGUGGCCUGGUUGAACCUGUACCGCAUAUUUCUGGGCUUCCUGUUCCCCUGGAUCCUCAUGCUGUUCUCCUACCAUGGGAUCCUGAAGGCCAUCAAAGGGAACAUCUCCACGGAGAAGCAGGAGAAAGCCAAGAUCAAGCGCCUGGCCCUCAGCCUCAUUGUGAUUGUCCUCUUCUGCUUCGCCCCUUACCACGUCAUCCUGCUGUCUCGCAGCGCCGUGUUCCUCAGCAAGCUGUCCGACUGCAGCUUCGAGGAGAACAUCUUCACGGCCUACCACAUGUCCCUGGCGCUCACCAGCCUCAACUGCGUGGCCGACCCCAUCCUGUACUGCUUCGUCAACGAGGGGGCCCGCCACGACGUGACCCGUGCCCUGAGCACCCUCACGCGCAUCUUCACCAAGGCCCGGCGACCCGAGAUCUUGACCAGCGCCUCCGUCACCGUGGAGACGCCGCUGUCCUCCAAGAAGCCCAGCUUCUACAACGAGGCCAAGACGGAGCUGGUGGCCCUGCGAGAGGAGUGCCUUCAGAUGAAAAUACUGAGUAUCAAAAAAUAAAGGGCAGAAGCCCGCCAAGACUGAUGGCUCGAUUCUGUUUUGAGAGCGUACUUUAUUUUACUCCGUUUUGUUUUUUUGUAAGUGUUUUGUGUAAAUCAGGGUUAUGAGCAAUCACGGUUUGUUUCCCGUAAAACCAUGCAACAUUUUGCUAUUAAAGUUACUACUGAGGAAGGGUUGCCAUAUUUAUGUCCAAUAAGUAACUUGAGGGGAAUUAAACUGUAACUCAUUGCGACAAAAAGUCAAAUGUUUUUAAUGAUGUACAAACCAAGUUCAGCGUUUAAAGAUUAAACACGAACAGACACGACAAAGAGAGCUGUGCAGCACUGUGGGUUAACUCUUCUUCCAGAGCUCAGCAGCUUCCAGAUCGUGGAGUUUAUUUUAUUUGUAUCAGAGCUGCAAUGAUCCUUUGUCUGUUUCUUUGGAACUGCAUAGCCAUAGUUUUGUUUCUAUAAGAAGGUUAAUUUAUUGUUUUAAAUUCACAAAUAAUUUCAAACGCACAGUUAGCUGAAAUUGCUACCAAAAGAGGAGUUCUUAUCAUGCUUUGGAAGGUUUUGUCUUAGUGCACAUUGCAGUCACAGUCACUUUAUAAGUUAUUUUGCUAUGUUUUAUAUAUCUUUUGUUCUGUUUUCUUGUAAAAUAACUGUACAAAGUUAUGGUAACCACAAAUGGAAUGAGACAAUUAUUCUUGGUAAACAGGGCUUAUUUAAUGUUUGCUCCUAAUAUUAAAAUGAUUUUAUAUUUUAAAUUCA